CACUCCUACUCUGGCUUCCGGACGCCAAGACAGACCGCUGCCGCCGAAUUUAAAGAGACAGGCGAUAGUUAUUUUAAAUAAACGGCAACCAUUGUCCCUGAGCUGUUCCUUUUUUUUUUAUCGGCUUCUUCUUUUCCAUCGCGAUGUUUAAUCAAAGUCGCAGCGAGUAGCGGCUCGUCUGUCCGCGACCCUCCGCUCCGCUCCGCCGGGGCUCCCCGUCCGCCGCCGACACUGUCCAGCCAGCCGAAGUAGGGUCGCUCGCUUGCUGGCAGGCAGGCAGGCAGGCUGGCUUCCCGACCGAGAGCAAGGAUUGUCGGCUAGUCAACAACUGGAGGUAACAAACCGAAGCUUCCCUCUCAAGUUGCGGCAGCCAGCGGCUUCCUCCAGCCUCCCGUCGCCGGGGAUAAUGGCGAAGAUUCAGGCGCACAGCACCGCGAAGCAAAUAAACCAAAUCCAAGACAAGCCUUACGUUAUAACACAAAAGCAAGUGCAGCAGCAGCACUUCCAGAAGCUGAAGGUUGAAGAUGCCUUGUCAUAUCUGGACCAAGUCAAGAUUCGUUUUGCGAACGAUCCCGGCAUAUACAACAAGUUUCUCGACAUCAUGAAAGAGUUUAAGUCACAGAGCAUCGAUACACCGGGGGUGAUAAAUCGUGUCUCACAGCUGUUCCAUGGACACCCAGACCUAGUCUUGGGCUUCAAUGCCUUCCUGCCACCGGGGUACCGGAUAGAGGUCCCCAAGAAUGGCAUGGCUUUCCUCCAGUCUCCGUUCUCCACACAGGUAUCCCCAGGCCAGCAGGGGAAGAGUCUGACCACCCCUGCAGUGGCUGCCACCUCAGGUAGUGCCUCUGCCGCCCACGCUGAAGCUGGACCCGCCCAGACCAGUGAAGUCAAGCCGGCUUCGUCGGAGUCCCUUACUUCCUCGACCUCAGCCGGACCUCCGGAGCCUCCCAGCAGACUUUCUCUUCCCCUAACCAGCAGAGAGGGCCAGAAUCAGGCGACCACCUCGUCUGUGUCCCCGCCUGCCUCUGAGACGAGCCCCGUAGAAUUCGACAGUGCCAUCAGCUACGUGAACAAGAUUAAAAACCGCUUCCUGGACCACCCGGAGAUCUAUAGGGCCUUCCUAGAAAUUCUGCACACAUAUCAGAAGGAGCAGCUGGAGGUGAAGGAGAGUCGAGGCAGCCGAGGCAGCAGUGGGAUGACGGAAGAUGAGGUGUUUUCUAAAGUUGCAAGUCUCUUCAAGGGACAAGAAGACCUGCUGGCUGAGUUUGGACAGUUCUUACCGGACGCAAAGAGAUCACUGUUCACAGGGAGCUCGCUGACAGGAGGGAAAGAGCAGCUGAAAAGGCCGGACGAAGAGGACACGAUAACCAAACAGAACAAAAAGAGGCCCAGGCCCAUACUUCUGCAGCACAUGUCCCCACUGCUCAAGAAAAAAAUGAAGUAUUCCUGUACCAAAGAUCAGUCCUUCGCUUCAGUUGGCAAACAUGGAGUGUUAAGAGAAUUCUCCUUCUUUGAUAAGGUCCGUCGCCUGUUUAAAAGCCAGGAGGUGUACGAGAACUUCCUGCGCUGCAUCGCUUUGUUUAACCAGGAAGUAGUUUCUGGAGCUGAGCUGCUACAGCUAGUUACUCCGUUUCUGGGGAAGUUUCCUGAACUUUACACACAGUUCAAGUCAUUUCUGGGGGACAAAGAGCUCUCUCAUGCUGUGUCGGGCCUGUCGGAUCGCUACAUGGAGGGAGGAGGGGGCCGGGAGGUGGAUUAUGCCUCCUGCAAGCGCCUGGGGUCCAGCUACAGAGCGCUGCCCAAGACCUACCAGCAGCCCAAGUGCAGCGGACGCACUGCCCUGUGCAAGGAGGUGCUGAACGACACCUGGGUGUCUUUUCCCUCCUGGUCAGAAGACUCCACAUUUGUUAGCUCCAAGAAGACUCCUUAUGAGGAACAGCUGCAUCGCUGCGAGGAUGAAAGAUUUGAGCUGGAUGUUGUUCUGGAGACCAACUUGGCCACCAUCAGGGUGUUAGAGAGCGUCCAGAAGAAGCUGUCCCGCCUGUCACCGGAGGACCAGGACCGAUUCAGACUAGACGACUGCCUGGGCGGCACCUCUGAGGUCAUCCAGCGCCGUGCUGUGUACCGUAUCUAUGGCGACAAAGCCCCCGAGAUCAUCGAGGGACUGAAGAGGAGUCCCGCCACCGCCGUGCCUGUGGUGCUGAAGAGGUUGAAAGCCAAGGAGGAGGAAUGGAGGGAGGCCCAGCAGGGCUUCAAUAAGAUCUGGAGGGAGCAGUAUGAGAAGGCCUACCUGAAGUCCCUCGACCACCAAGGAGUCAACUUCAAACAGAACGACAUGAAGGCUCUGCGGUCGAAGAGCCUCCUCAAUGAGAUUGAAAGCGUGUAUGAUGAGCGUCAGGAGCAGAGCACAGAGGAGGGAGGAGUUGGCCAACAGGGCCGCAACGGCUCUGGUUCGGCCUCAUCCAGCGAGCCUCACAUGGUCUUCACGUAUGAGGACAAACAGAUCCUGGAGGACGCCGCCUCGCUCAUCAUCUACCACGUCAAACGUCAGCCCACCAUCCACAAAGAUGACAAGGACCACAUCAAGCGCAUCAUCCAGCACUUUGUACCCGACCUGUUCUUCUCCCGCCGCGGCGAGCUCAGCGAUACUGAAGAAUGGACUGAUGAGGAGGCUGAGCCCGAGGAAGGAGCCGAGAGAGGAGGAGGAGGAGCUGCAGCAGCUGCAGGUGGAGGAGGAAACGGUAAUUCUAACAGUGCAUCAGGAGCAGCAGCAGCAGCCACAGGUAGUCAGUCUCAACCCCAACCUGCCCAAUCACAGUCCCAGAUGCAGUCCCAACCACAGCAGCACCUCAACGGGGAGUCCAGGAGGAGGCGCUGCAGCCCAUCCCAACCGGCAGACACCGAGGCCUCCACCACCUCCAGCAGCACGAGCCAACCUGCAGGAACAACCACAUCCACCCCCGGGUCCACGCCGAUGGAGACGGGCUCAGGGGCAGCCGGGGAGAAGGUGGACCUGCGCGACCCCGAAGCAGAGCACCAGAAGGAACUGGACGGCGUCUACAACCUUUUCUUCGUCAACAACAACUGGUACUUCUUCCUGCGGCUGCACCAGACUCUGUGCUCGCGGCUGCUGCGAGUUUACCGACAAGCCGAGCGACAGCUGCUGGAGCACCGAGCCGAGCAGAGCCGAGAGAGGCUGCCGAUGGCAGAGGGCCGGAGGGAAAAGGCCUGCGACCUGGCCAUGGAGCUCCGCCUCAAACAGCCCAGUGAGGUGGAGUUGGAGGAGUACUACCCGGCCUUCCUGGAUAUGGUGCGCAGCCUGCUGGACGGCAACCUGGACUCCACACAGUACGAAGACACGCUGCGGGAGAUGUUCACCAUCCACGCCUACAUCGGCUUCACCAUCGACAAGGUCAUCCACAACAUCAUUCGGCAGCUGCAGCACCUGGUGAGCGACGAGGUGUGUCUGCAGGUGGUUGAUCUUUACCUGGCUGAGAGGAAGCGAGGGGCGGCGGGGGGAAACCUGUCCUCGCAGUGCGUCAGAGCAGCUUGGGAGACCAGCUACCAGUGGAAAGCCGAGAGAGUCAUGGCCGAAGAGAACUGCUUCAAGGUGAUGUUUAUCCAAAAUAAGGGUCACGUCGCGAUGACCAUCGAGCUGCUGGACACCGAGGAGGCUCAGGCUGAUGAUCCGCUAGAUGUUCAGUGCCUGUCGAGCUACAUGGAGCAGUUUGUAGGAACAGAGUCUAGUCUGUGCUCCCAAGCAGAAGGCUACUUCUUCAAACCUGUAUUCCUGCCCAGGAACCUGCGGCGUUUCCGUCGCUGGCAGGUGCGUCAGGUGGAGGCAAUGCGCUGCAGGAGGGAGUGGCACCGUCAGCUGGGCGUGGAGAACGCCGGGAGUCUGGACUGUCGAUUUAAACUCAACACUCACAAGAUGGUGUUUGUGAUGAACUCCGAGGACUACAUGUACCGCCGGGGAGCGCUGGUCAAGGCCAGGAAGUCGCAGCACAGAGUGGCAGCGAGCCAACACGAACGCUUUGACAAGUGGCACCAGGGCUGGCUGGCCAAUCACGUCACAGCCUCGGCCGAGCGCUCGGUGCAGAACUGGCUAAUGGGCGAGGAGGAGGAGGACAUCAUCCCCUGCAAGACGACCUGCCUGUCGACGGAGGUGAAGGGGCAGACGGUCAACAGAUACCAGGUUCAUUACAGCAGUAGCAAAGCCCCCUCCUCACCGUAGAGGCCACACAGGUAAAUGCAUGGACUUACAGGACAUCCGCACACUAAACACAGACACAAACAGCUGCUGCGUCCCGCUUCUCUGCCUUCCUCCACAACAUGCUCACUCAUUCACUUUCACUCGUGGAUGAAGAAACUGGCAGUGAGUCAGUGAAUGAGUGUGCAGUGUGAGGAGUGAUGAUGUGGAGACAAGGACCAGCAGACAGCGAAGUAAUCAAUGAGAGCGAACUCGGUCCCGAUCGAUGGGACGUCGGACACAAUGGCACAAACGGACUUCAUCAUCCUCAGCAUCUUCUUCAUUCUAGCUUCUCUGGUGGCACUAAAGCUGGUCGGACUGACAGACAGAGACGGUUGAUCAGGCGAGAAGUCACAAGAUCCUGGAGUUUGUUUCAGAAAUGUGAAUGUCUGUUUUCUUUUCUUUAUUUUUUUUAAGUCAAGUGUAGUUUUUAGCUUCUAAAGCCAGAGAGCCUUCUGCUUGUUGGUUGGUUGGUUGGUUGGUUGGUUUAUGCGUGUUUAUAUGGAGAGAUAAUGGUAAACGUGUGUAUGUAUGUGUAUCCUGCUCUCUUCAUUUUGUCUGUUUGUAGGCCCAGUACCGGCUCUUCAACUAUAGUAACUGCAUUAUUACUGUAUGUGCAUAUAUACAGCAGGGAUCCUGUAUUUUUAUAUAUGCAUCUACACGAGUUGAUUGAUACAUCUAAAGAUCAUGUGGUUCUUUACAGUGUUUGCUGUCAGCCAACUCUCGAUGUUUGUGUUUGUUUUUUUGUAUUUUUUCCUUUUUUUGUGUUGUAGCUAAACAAGUUAUCACCGGGGCAAAAAGGAGUCCUUAAAAAUGAAUUGGUUUAAUAUUGAUGAAGCAGUCAAAUUAUGUAUCAUAUUCAUGAUUUCACCAAAUGUUUACUUUGCAUCGUCUUUUUUUUGCAUACUGACAUUGAAAAUAAAAAGCAAAAUAUCAGUGUUAAAAUAGAAUGUAUAACAUUUAUCCUGUAUCAGUUAUCAUAAAAUAAACAACCUAGUUGUGACCUUCUUA